CCUUGCAGCCUUAGCCUCGCAGCAAUCGCUACCGGGUCGGUUCCCGUGAACCUCUGCUCCCCGCGCCGGCCAGUGCGCGUGCUCCCUACCCAGCAGCCCUCACGCGGCCGGGGCAGCGGACACCCAGGACUCCAAGAUGGCGUCAGUCGUACCAGUGAAGGAGAAGAAGCUCAUGGAUGUCAAAUUAGGGGAGCUGCCAAGCUGGAUACUGAUGCGGGAUUUCUCCCCUAAAGGCAUUGCUGGAGCAUUUCAAAGAGGCUACUACCGGUAUUACAACAAGUAUGUCGACGUGAAGAAAGGCAGCGUUGCUGGGAUCUCCAUGGUGCUGGCAGCGUAUGUGCUUUUCAACUACUGCCGCUGUUACAAGGAGCUCAAACAUGAGCGGCUACGGAAGUACCACUGAAGAGGAUACAUUCUGCAUUCCUAACCACGACCUUUGCCUGGCACCCUUGAAUCCUUUCAUAUCCUGAGAAUUAACACCCAAUAAAAGGUGACUGUCACAUG